GGGCUGGGAUGCUGGCAUGCCUGAGAAAAAAACCAUUCUUCCUUCUGCUUCAGGAUGGCACUUUCUUGGUCCGAGACUGUUCCACGAAAACCAGGGCAGAACCCUACGUGCUGGUGGUGUUUCAUGGGAACAAAGUCUACAAUGUGAAAAUCCGUUUCCUGGAGAAGCAUCAGCAGUUUGCCCUGGGGACAGGACUGAGGGGAGAUGAGAAGUUUAACUCAGUGGAAGACAUCAUCGAACACUACAAGUAUUUUCCCAUCAUACUAAUUGACGGGAAAGACAAAACUGGAAUCCACAGGGAGCAAUGCUACCUGACUCAGCCCCCCCCUCAGCAGGUGCUUCUCACCUUGGAACCUCUUCGGGGACGGCCCUGUCCUAUUCAGGCUUUGGCUACCCCCUGGUCCAAGCAAGGGACGCUGGCGGCUCAGGCCAGCUUGGUCCUGGAAGCCGGGUCUGUUCGGGCCUGGCAUAUGCUAACUCUGGCGCGUCACUGA